AUGACUCAUUCUAAAGUUGCUGUUAUCACUGGUGGCAGUCGUGGUAUUGGACUCGCCAUUGCUUCUGCUCUCAUCAAAAGAAACAUCAAUGUCGUUAUUGGUGACCUUUUGGAUGAAGAAGGCCAAGCUGCGGUGGAUGCUUUUAACAAAAGUGCCAAAAAGGUAGUAGCUGCUUAUAAGCACACGGAUGUCACCAAGUAUAAGGAUCUUUUGGGGCUUUUUGAAUUAGCAGAGAACACAUUUGGCGGUGUUGAUAUUGCCAUUCUCAACGCCGGUACUACCAAAGGCUUCAACAUCUUUACGGAACCCAUGGAUGACGAGGCCGACAUGUUUAUCCAUCAGGUCAAUGUCGGUGGUGUAACCAAAGGCAACAAGGUGGCGCUGAAAUUUAUGCAAAAACGUGGUGGUGGCACAAUCAUCAAUACCGCAUCCAUGGCUGGUAUUGGCGCAAUGGGUGGUCUUGAGAACUACGUGGCUACCAAACACGCUGUGGUGGGAUGGACACGAUCACUCGCUUAUUUAAACACUGCAUUCAAUGUACGUGUUAAUGCUAUUUGUCCCUAUUGGGUUGAUACGGAGCUUAUUCGUGCAGAUGAAAUCAGCAGUAAUACGUUUGGCGAGUUUAUUCAUAAAUGUCCAAAGACGCCAAUGUCUGUAGUGGUGGAUGCAGCCCUCCAAUGUAUCGAUGACACCGACUUGGCUGGUACAACACUACUUUGCUUACCAGAUGGUGUCCAUCAGGAAGACGCAACACCCUCCUACCCAAGCUUAGUCAAUGAGGAAAUGAUCCAGGCUCUUCCAGAAGUUGAACAAUACUUAGCACAGACCGUCCGCCAAGCAAUUGCAAAGUUGUAG